AUAUGAUAUCAAAAAUUAGUGCCUUCUAAUUUCAUAAAAUAAAAAAACAACUUCGUUACAUAUCAGAAGACAAGACGGUGAUUGGUUACCGCGUUGUCGCGUCCUGUGUGCAAUCAGCCUAAAGGCUAUAUCAGACUAGCGAUUGCCCGGCUACGAUUGCCGAUUCUACUAUUACCAAUUACAUUGACCAUAACCACGACCUGCUACAUUGUGAUUGGCUGAAAUAGAAUCGUCAAUCGGCAACCGUAGCCGCGCAAUCGCUAGUCUGAUAUGGCCUUAAGACUUCUACAAUACGUCGCGUGGGGAGCAUCCCAGAUGCGCACAUUUUCAAUCGGACAUAUCACUCACAUCAGCUGAUGCCUAGGAAUUUUCUAAUGAGCUACCUAUCAAAAAUUUUUUUUUAUUUAAUCGAUCAAUCGGCAAUGUGUCCGAUUGGACCUCGUCGCAUGUCGGUGUCGCAAGCCAUAAGAAUUGACCAAUCACAGUUGAAAGUGGAAAGACUACUUAAUUGUGAUAUUUCGUGAUGUUUUAAUAUUAAUUAUACAUAUGUAAUGUAAUAUUAAUGACAAACAGAUUUCUUGUAGAAGCAUAAAGAAUAAAAAUAAAAAUAAUAAUUUCUCAAUAAAAAUAUAAUCGCUUAUCAUAUCAAUAUAUUUAUAUGUUAAUCUCAAUUAUUGUUGUUAAGAGCUCUCGCAUAGCACUUUUUACCAUUUGUUAUAUCAUGUCAUGUUUGAGCGUGCAAAAUGUUAGCUCUAUGAUUAGUCAACUUUAAUCGCUAAUAAUUUAAAAACUAUUAUAGCCUUGACAUUUUCGUAUUAGGUUAGAUUUUGUCUUAUUUUUAAGUUAAGAAUGUUAUAAAAAUUUCGGUCACGAAUUGUGGGACACCCUGUAUAUACGCAAUGCAUACGCACAUACAGACACCGCGUACAUACACACAGAUGCAAAAUGAGGGCGCUACCUUCGCACGAUUGUUCCCUUCUUUCCUUUCUUCAGUAGCCGUUUUUCAGUCGGAGAAACGUGCGUACCAUCACACGCAGCACGAAACAUCAUUGCGACUUGCAACAUCUUUAACCGUGCUUCGUUGUCGCUCGUCUGUUUGGACGCUGCGGGCAGAUGCCCUGUGCGCACUCUUAUUGGUUGUCACGCGCGUUUGUACAAUCGGCUCGACAUUUACCGCAAGAUUCAAUCUUUCUUCCUAUUCCGCUAUCGCAGCUACAUCGUCAACAGGGUUUCCGUGCACUAUAUACUCAGCCAAUUUUAUUACGACUGAUUGACCGCCCACCAUAGAAGACGAAACUCGUUGGUUCGAUGCCAUUAACCUCGCUGAUCUCUACUUAUCUAUCUACCUGCCUAGCAGCAGCACCGUCCAUAACACGGCAAAAGCGACAGACUAGCGCGAAUGUAGCGCCGCCGCCAUCAACGACCUCCAUCGCAACGAGGUGCGCUAUUCCGUUCGCCACUAGCCACGGAGAAAUGCCCGUAGGUUCGAGAUCGAUCAGUCCAAGUUUCUGUACAAGUAUGGAGGUAUUAUCGCCAUCGAACCAGUAACGCGAACGAGUCGGCCGUUCUAGUACACGUUGUCUAUUAUCGCUGUGCAAGAGUGGGCAUUGUAUUUCACGCUCACGUCGGUCAGCUGCUGCUGUUGCUGCCUACAUUAGGCUGUUGGUGUACUAGUCACUUUGCGACUAGCGCCGUGACUGUGACCGCGAUUGUGAUAUUUCUAUCGGAUUGUGUCGCGCGGACUUGUGUGGACGAUGGAGCUACGUGUUGGUAACAAGUACCGGCUAGGAAGGAAAAUCGGGAGCGGUUCCUUUGGCGACAUUUACCUAGGUACCAAUAUUUCUACCGGCGAGGAAGUCGCUAUCAAGUUAGAAUGUAUAAAAACACGACAUCCACAAUUGCACAUAGAAUCCAAGUUUUACAAAAUGAUGCAAGGAGGUGUGGAAUUUGCAUCAUAUUUAAGGUACUGUCGGGACUUACGCUUCGAGGAGAGACCGGAUUAUUCGCAUCUCCGACAACUUUUUCGAACAUUGUUCCAUGGUCAGGGUUUUACUUAUGACUAUGUUUUUGACUGGAAUAUGCUGAAAUUUGGUAAUGCGAGGCAACCGACGCUACCUUCCGCGCAACAAGCACCCAUGCACUCGCAACAAUCUAAUGCGGCAUUACCUUCUGGGACCAACAAUGAUCAAGAACAUCGAUCAAGACCCUAUACACGGCAAUGUUUACCAAAUGCGUCCGUAGCGACGGUAGGCCCGACACUUGGACCGAACGCUAGUCUGCGAGCGAUCCGGCAGAAACGCGAGAUGGAGACUCGUGGCGAUCAGGACAAUCAGGACAAGAGUGAUCUUCAAGCAUCGGGUGCAGCUGGGCAAGAACGACGAGUCAGUAUGCGGUUACAUCGCAGGGAUGCAUUACUAGCCUCUACAGGAGAAAUGCAGCCCAAGUCCAAGAAGCGCCAAUGCGACGUCAAUCGCCCCACCCACCCUGAUGGUCAGACGAGCAAGCGUACAACACAACAAGUGAAUCAGCAGCAUCAAUAGCGGAAUCAUCAUCAUCAUCGUCAUCAUCACUAUCAUCGUUAUCAUCAUCAUUAUCAUCAUUAUCAUCAUCAUCAUCAUCAUCAUCAUCAUUAUCUUCAUCGUCAUCAUCGUAACCAACAGCGUCGUUUAUCGGGAGCGACAACCAGCAAUUACCGCUAUCUGCAUGAUGCUUUUCUAGCUAUUGCAAACCGGAAGUAAAUCCGCGCGUGAUAUCGUGUGUAUCCGAACGAUAAUCAAUUUUUUUGUGUCAUGACGUCGUCAAGAUCAUGAAUGAUGAGAUCACAGCGCUUAUCGACGAUAAUGCCCGUUAUGACAUCUAUGAAAGUGACAAUGAAAAUAUUUGCGAUCGUUCUAUGCUAAUGAACUAGAAAUGAAAUGAAAGAACAUGGAGAAAAGAACAUGUUAUUUGUUCUCGCAGUACGUGUUGAAGAAAUGAAAGCGUAGUGUUGUGGUGAACUCUUAUAUGAAACGUGGCAGACAACGCUUACCGCGUCUUCAAGAUGCAACGACGCAGCCCUUAUUACGGUAUGCAGGAUUCUCAGGAAAUUCGAUAGCGAGCCGAUUCUGCUUGGAUAUACCGAAACUCUCUUGCGAUCGGAGUGAAUCUCAUCUGGAAAACAUUCUUCAACGGUAACGUUGAGAACGUUUAAGGAUCGCCGAACCUCUUGCGUCCUUGCGCGCAGGACGACAAAACACGUAAUCCAUUUUUUUUUCUUUUUCUGACGAAUCAUAAAUGUACAGUACGCGAUUUCGAUGAUGGAUUCUCGCAGUUGUUCUAAUAUACAAAAUAGUAUAAAUGUAUUUUAAAAACCAUUCCCAAUUUCCGUAAUCCAUGACAAAUGGUCAAAUUGGCCUUUGCUUCCUCUGAAUUCAAUCCGCUGUUGUAAUAGUAUCUAAAAUAACUAAAUAUUUCAGUACAAAUAAGAUAAACAUGUUUAUUUGAUAAUAAUUUGUAAGCGAUUAUUUGUAAAUCGAGUCAACAGUUUUUAACCAAGUAUCAAAGUAUUGUAAUCCAAGAUUGCGAUGAUAUAUCAAAAAGAAAAUGAGAAUAUAUUGUAAUAUUCCAUAUAUAUCACAUAUCUACACAUAAAUUUUCUUUUUAUUGUAGCGAUAUACAUAUUCUUUUAUUUGUAAGUUUGUGUAUCUCUUAAUUCUUGAAAGCUUGUAUUUGUUUAAUGUUACGUAAGUUAAUUUUGAAGAUUUAUAGUAUCUGUUAAUGUAAUCUGUUAAUAAAAUUAAUUUGCCGAGAUUAUUAUCCGAUUUUGAUGAGGCAGCUGCAAGAAUUAACGUAAUUCCGCGCUAUUGUCGUAUUCGCCAUCGGAGUGAAUACAUUUGUAUAAAUGUAGAAUAUUUAUAUAAGUCGCAACGUGUAUAUAGAUUGGAUGCAUCGAUAAUCGAAAAACUGACAUGUGUAAAGUUAUCACGAACUUUUGCAUAAAAUAAAAAUAACGUUUUCAACAGAUACAAACAAGAUAUAGCUCUAUUAAUAUCGAGAGAAACAAGUGUAAAUCGCGAAGAAAUGCCAGUAAGUAUGAUUUUGAAAUAAUAUUUUAAAAUUAUGCGUAUAUGGCAUCGCUGAAAUGCAACAUGGUUCAUGUCCUAAACUGGAAUUGCUCUAGUCGAGUUGAUAAUAAAAUAGGCUAAAAUUCGGGGAACAUAUAUCUAAAAAAAUAGCGAAAAAAAAUCACAAAGCUUGCAUUUGAAAUUCAAAUGUAUGAGUUAUGUUUUGAGUAACGUUUCUUUCUCUUUCUUGUUCCAUGAGCUGAAGUAAUCUCACGUCGAUUUAUUACACGAUGACAGGACAUCGAAAUCAUUUUGCUAAAAAGCUGUAAUUAAACGAUCAUACAGAACGUAGUACAACUGGCGCGCCAAGGAAGUGACGAGGAAUAUGUCCGGUUUUUAGGGACAAUUCGUUUGGUUGUGCUAGUUAAUAAGAUGUAAAAAGUACAAUUGCGAGUUUCCGAGCAGUAUUUGUAUUUUGUUAACAUCGAUCUGGCGUAUUGUACAAGUGCGUCACGUGCGUGAUGGAUUAUACAUCGUCAUAGUUUACAUUACCGUUAUUGUUAUUUGUAAUCAUGCGUUUCAAGGAAAUGAGAGAUAUAUGAGUUUCAUGUACCAAGCUCGGAAAUGAACGCGAAAAAUGAAUUCGCUAUUUAAUAACCGACAUCUCCUCACCCCGUGACAAAAUCUCGUGUCCUUCCCUUUUGUACGAUAAUAAUAACUGAGAAUAUAAAGGCGUGCAAUUUAAUUACGCCAUCGGGUCUGUUCAUCGGCUCUCACCGGCAAUCGUUUUUCCUUAUUUUUCUUUCUUUUGGCGAAAUGAUAUUAAAUUGAUCUCAGCAUAUACGGAAAGAAAAUAAAUGUCGAUGAACAUUACCGAAGUUUCAUUUUCCUAACUGUGUGUGUAUAUCUCAUGUUUAUAGAAGAUGUGUGCGUGUGUAUGUAUAUGUGUGGAGGGAGGGGAAGAAUGGACGUUGAUUACACGUAACAUUGUACGCGCAAAUAUGCGGAGUGGAAGAAUGAUGGGGAAGGAAAGAGAAUAAGAUGUUUGCAUGCUCAAAUGAGCAAUGCUGAGAAAUUACAUUUACUUCGAAGAGCUUUCUGUAUUCGUAUAUUGUUUGCAUUAAACAUAGCGAUCUCAUUUUGUAU